GAGAGAGUAUGUUGUUGGAGUUCAUUCACAAUUCAGUUGUCGCGGAGAAGCCGUGCGGUGUGUUUGUGUGGAAUGACAUUCAUGUGUAAAUAAUGUCGACAUAUUUUUGUAUCAUAAUAUUAUAUAUAUUCGUGCUACAAACAAACGGACAGUACGACGGCGACGUAUGUGAUCACAAUGGCGUCGAGGGCGUCUGUAGGAACAUAAGGAAGUGUCCGUCAGCUAUAAAUGAAAUAAGAAAUAAACGUCCUCCUGUCCUCUGCUCGUUUUCUAACACGGACCCCAUCGUGUGCUGUGUGGAGAACACACCGACGACACAGAGACCACAAAUUCUGACAACAAAGAGGUUCACGACUACAACAGAAUAUAUACCACCAGAGGAAGAUUACGUUUUAGCGGAUACGAAUUCUAAAGGAACCGAUCAGUGCGAGCCGAUUUUGGCUAAUCAGACGGCGCCGAAAACAGGACAAAAAGCCUGGGACAAAUGUAUUGAAUAUCAACAAAAGCUGAUAUUCCCCUGCGAGAGAGGCGUGACCUUAACGGGAGCCAUGAGCCGGGGUAACAAGUGCCAUCACGACGCCAACCAGCUCAUCGUUGGUGGAGUGGAAGCCACUGAGAACGAAUUCCCACACAUGGCGCUGCUCGGCUACGGGAAAAACAUUAAUAGUAUCCAAUGGCUCUGCGGAGGUUCACUGAUAAGCGAGAGAUUCGUUUUGACAGCGGGACAUUGCACUUCAAGCAGAGACGCAGGUAUAGUGAAGUACAUCCGUCUCGGUGCCCUCCGUCGCACCGACCCCCUGGGGCCGGACCAGCUGUUCACUGUCAGUGACGUCAUCAAGCACCGGGACUUCCAUCCGCCAAACAGAUACAACGACAUCGCGCUAUUGAAGAUGGACAGAGAUGCUAUUCUGACGGAGUUCUUAGUGCCGGCUUGUUUGGACGUGAGAGCUCCAGGGGACUAUAGCCGAGUGCUGGCUUCAGGCUGGGGAGCCACGAAGAACCGGGGGGCGAACGCUGAUCAUUUACAAAAGGUCAUACUCCAGGAGUUCACAACCGAAGAGUGCUCCCAAAUGUUCACAGCCAGUCGUCUCAUGAAGCAGGGCUUUAACGGGAACACACAGAUCUGUUACGGGGAUAAAGAAAUGUCCAAGGACACUUGUCAGGGCGAUAGCGGUGGUCCUAUCCAAAUUAAGAGUAAGUUGCUUCAUUGUAUGUACACCGUGGUGGGUGUGACGUCAUUCGGUCGUGUCUGCGGCUACGUCGGUGAACCUGGGAUGUACACCAAGGUCGCAGCAUUCGUACCCUGGAUAGAGAGCGUCGUGUGGCCUUAAUAUACUAUAUAAAUAUACAUA